AUCCCCGCACCCAGAGCGGCGGCGGCGGCGGCGCCCAGCGGGCGCCGUGGGGCGCCUGGGAAAGGCGCUGUGGGUGUGCGCCGAGCAUGUUCUCGCUUUGUGCCGCUGCUUGGCGGGGCUGGGGCUGGAGGGUCGCACAGCCUUGUCCUGGGGCUGGAGAGCACGUUCGACCCUCGUACGUGUGAGUGAAAAACACGCCGUCGCUGCGAGUCACUUUUUACAGUUUAGGAGGUCGUAGAGAAUGUCUUUCCGUGGAAGAGGAGGUGGAGGAGGAAGAGGAGGUGGCUUCAAUCGUGGAGGAGGUGGCGGCGGUGACAGAGGUGGCUUUAAUCGUGGUGGACGAGGUGGCUUUGCACGGGGAGGUGGACGAGGAGGCUUCAACAGAGGCGGAUACGACCAGGGGCCUCCAGAAAGGGUAGUUUUAUUGGGAGAGUUCAUGCAUCCGUGCGAAGAUGACAUUGUUUGUAAAUGUAAAACAGAAGAAAACAAGGUGCCUUAUUUCAAUGCCCCGGUGUACUUGGAUAAUAAGGAGCAGAUUGGCAAAGUGGAUGAAAUCUUUGGACAGUUGAGAGAUUUUUAUUUUUCAGUGAAACUGUCUGAGAACAUGAAAGCCUCUUCAUUUAAAAAAAUGCAAAAGUUUUACAUUGAUCCAGCAAAGCUGCUACCCCUUCAGAGAUUUUUGCCAAGGCCACCUGGAGAAAAAGGUGCUCCCAGAGGAGGUGGUAGAGGAGGACGAGGUGGUGGACGUGGAGGAGGAAGAGGUGGUGGUAGAGGUGGAUUUGGAGGAGGAAGAGGUGGAGGAAGAGGAGGAGGAUUCAGAGGAGGAAGAGGAGGAGGAGGAGGAGGAUUCAGAGGAGGAAGAGGUGGUGGAGGAAGCUUUCGGGGAAGAGGAUAUUAAAAAUGGAGCCACGAGUAUCUCCCCGCUGUCUUACCGUAUCAUCUGCAGAAGUGAAGAACAAGGAAAAAUUUUAGUAAAGGACCCUGAAAAAGCUCUUUUUAUAAAGAACUUGAAGCUGUAAAAUGACAACUGUUUUUACACUUAAUGACUGUUGAUCAGCAAAUGAGGAGAGCGUAGCCCCAGGCGAAGAACAGAAGACUGCUCAGAAUAUACUUGAACUUUUUUAACUAAGUCAGGAUUCAAUGUUAUUCUUAAACUGUUUGUUUCUGACAAGUGACAAGUCAAUGCUUGACUUCAUGUUGGAGUUUGGAGUAAACAAUCAAUUGAAAUGUUUUUUCACAAACCCUACGGGUUCACUACAUGCACAUUCGUCAGUAUGAACCUGUUACCUACAUGUGACUGAUCCCUAGUUCUCAUCCUCUUUUUGUAUUGAAUCUUCUGGGUUGCUCUAAAGUGGACAUGCCAUUUAAACAACCUUUGUGAACCUUUUUUUUACAAACUAAACUUCAAAAUUUUGUGUUAAUAGAAUUUUUUUAUACAUAAUAAUGUAUAAAAGGAAAGGAAGAUAGCAAAGGAUAUUUUGUGGAUUUUUCUGUAUAAAUCUCAAUGAAAGCCAAAGGCAUUAAGAUGUGUUCUUCUGUAGAAGCUAUCUAAUGGAUCAGACAAGGUUAUUCUUAAGUCACCUAAUUGUACCUAAUUACACUGAUACUAAAAUUGCUAAGAGUUUUUAACUGCCCCCACCUCCUCCUUAGCCUGUCUCUCUUGAGGUUUUGAUGUCCUGGCAUUGCACCUCUGGUGCUCUGAGCUUGUGUAGGACUAAGAUUAGAUAGCCCAUCACAGGGUUCCUCUGCACACAGUGCUUUCAGUUAAGUAUUGCUUAAAAAAUGCAUGAAAAAAUUCCACGAAUCUGGUCUCCAAUCCAAUUAAAAUUUGGAUGCAUUAUGAGGAUUGUUGAAAAGGUACUAACUGCCCUUUCUUAAGGGUGGAGGAGAACAGGGUGCCUCUCUAACUUUGGAAAUAAAAUAGGAAUAGAAAAGUAGAAUCUCCCUGGAUUUCAUCCAGAGCCAGGAGUCUGUUCACAGACUCUCAUACGAAGCACUUUUGAAAAGGGAUCUGCAGGAUAAUUACAUGAAAGUAUUUUGAACAUCUUGUUCGUUGUGGAAAGAAGUACAUUUCAGAAUUGAUCGUACUGUUGUAUUUUUUAAUUAAUGAAUGCAGUAACAGGCAAAUGAGUUAUAUUAGCCUUCUGCAUAACAAAAAGAAACAGGUAAUUUGUCAGCACCAGGAUUGCAGUGUAACUGGUCAUUUUAACAAACGUGACUGAGUUUGAAUAAUCUCCGGAACAAGGUAGCAAAACAGAUGUUCAGGAAUUCAGUUAAGUCUGAACAGAUGCUGUGUAGGAUAAUAGAUAAAAAUGUUCUUCAGCUUAAAAAAAACAAACCACAAAACAUUGGAAUUUCUGCUAGAUCUGCUUUUGUGAGAAGAAACUGAGUCUACUUUUCAACCGCAGCACAAUCGGGAAUUGAGGGAUACCGAUUAUAUUCCUGGUAUUGCUACAGACCUAACUUUAACCAGGUCAGUUAAAUCCAGACCUCUGAAAAUGUUUAGACUUGUUGCUGUGUAUUGCUGGGCCUAAGUGACUUAGGGCUCUGACUUGAGGCAUUGUAGAGUUGCCCUUUGUCUAGACAAACCCUGCGCAAGUCAUUGCAUCUCUGGCAUACCACAUUGCAGUUGAACAAUACCAACCUGCAGUGGAGCUGGAAUUAUCAUGUCUUUUGUUGUGUUUGUAAUUGCAACCUCUGCUGUGCUGUAUUCACUGAUGCUUCAGUAGCUAGUUCUGGGUAGCUGACUUAGAUCUUCCCUUAUUUUUCGAGCUUUGGAAGACGUAACAUAACACAGUCCUCACUCUUAUACCGAAAUUCAUGUUCUGCUUUGCUAUUCUCACUGCAUGCUUUAGGGACAUACUUUAUUCCAGGGUAUCAGAAGACUACUGCCAUCACUUUUAAAUUUCAUGACGUGACAGCUGAUGUUUUAAUUGCAUGAAGUACCAUCUUGCAGCCUAAGACAAGAAGUGUAUGCUUUGAAUCUCACAGCAGAUGGAGCAGUGAGUCAGUCUGAGGCCGCUGCAAGAAAGCAGAGAAUUUUACAUCUGUGUGUGGAGGUGUUAAAGAGCAACAUCCAUUGCAGCUCUAGAGGGAACACCAGCCUCUUGAUUAUUGGGAACUGGAUUGCAGUCCCAGCUGAGAAAUUAUGAGGAGCAUUAUGGCAUGCCCUACACAUAUAAAUCAUGUUGGAUGGGAUUAACACAAAUACCCAGAGAAAAUUUGUAAUGGAUGUUUGUGGAGGUUGUAGGAUGUUCAGGUGCUGAUGGAAGAAUGUCCUCAGUGACUGGUUGUGAAAUGAGCUGCCAUAUGAGGAGGCAGUGUCUGGACAUGUCUGCUAUGUGGUGGUGCCUUUUUUUUUUUUUUUUUUUCCCCCUCCUUCCCCAGAAUUGGGAAGGAUUGUGUUUGGUUGUGGCAAGGCCCAUCUAGUCCCUGUUCUGCCUUGUUUUCUCUAUGCCAUGGCAUGACCCUGCCCUCCUAAUGCAAGUAGUUGCUAACUGUAAUAGAUGAAAAUUCAGUGUCUUAAAAAAAUUAAGACAUGUCUUGUCUACAGUGUAGUGCUACAGUGAACUAAAAUACAGGUUCUCUAAUCUUAUAUGA